AUGUCUCCUCGAGGACGACAUUCCAGAGUUUCGAGAGAAGAAAGUGCCGCCAAGUGUCGAGUUCCCACGAGUCGAAAAGUAGCUGCAGCAGCCGCAAGAGUCCACUCGAGACCGGUCCAGGUGAAGGAAAAGACGCCGCAUUGCGUCAUCGACCUCACCGUAUCCGAAGAAGACGGACAAGAAGUCAAUCGAACGCAAGAAAAGGCCAAACUAGUUGAGGCCAUCAAGUCUGCACAAUCAAUGGCGAUCCCUGCGCAUUUGGAAUCAGAUGACUAUUUCACAAUUCUGAGUCUGCACCGCGUCGCGUCCGACUCUGAUGUGAAGCGGGCAUACCGCAAACUGGCCGUACAAUGGCAUCCUGACAAGAAUCGAGCCAACCCACGGGCCGAAGAGGUGUUUAAGAAAAUCAGUGAGGCCUAUGAAGUGCUAAGUGAUCCCAUUAAACGACAGCAAUAUGAGGCCAUGGACCAAUCUAGACCACAGCAAAGUGCAGCUCCGAUGCCAGAGUCGUUCCCCUUUCACGAUCGUGGUAGAGGGUUCUCGACUCGCCGGGCUCGAGACAUUUUCGACCAUUUCUUCGGAGGCGAAGAUCCAUUUGAAGCUUUUUUUGUGGGUGGACGACAAGGUCAUGGCUCCAUGCUGUUUCGAGACGAUCCAUUUCGUAUGGCCAUGGGUGGUGCUGGAAUGGAUAUGGGCAUGGGUCUGGCCACGAACAUGCACGGAUUUGGUGGCAUGCCUAUGAUGGGUGGUGGUACCUUUAGCAAUGCGUUCCAGGAGAUGAAUGGACCGAACGCUCGAGUCUUUUCGACAAGCACGAGCUCAUCGUCUUCGACGUUCACGGAUAUGAAUGGAAAUGUGAUCCAGCAAAAGACGACCACUGCAACGGGAUCGGAUGGUUGUGCGCGCACCGUCACAGAGGAGUUUUGCAACGGUAAGCUGGUAAACUCGUCAUCGUUCGAUGCUGGUGGUAGAUUGACGGGUGGUGGACGGAUGCAGCUUGAUGGAGCUCGAAGCAGUAGUAGUACGGGUAGCUACAGCCAGCGUCGUUUCUCACGUCCAAAGUAUUGA